CCAAAUGCUUCAGUUUGUGUGGAGAUUUCGGUUUGGGAGAUUGUCUGACGUCUGUUCGUGACAUUGCGUAUUUUUUUUGAAUAAAAAGCUUUUUCUUUUUUGUUGACCCGAUGCGAUCGGUAUACUAGAGUGUAUAUGUUUAGUUUAGUGCUUGGUGUGCUUAUCGAAAAGGAAAACUUUUAAACAACUUCAACUGCAAAGGAUUUGUUUCCAUGCUUUGUUAGAGGAAUUGAAUUGAGAGUGCUGCCUGGUGAGGAUUACAUAGUAACUUACUACAUACAUGCAUACGUCUAUACAUGUUCAGUUACACAGUUCCGUCGUCGAGAAGAAAAGGAGCAUGGUCCUGGCCGUCAACGUCGUCGCCGUUUCAGCAGCAAUAACUCCAUCUCGAAUUCCCAUCACGCUUCGACCUUAUAAACCAGCGUCGAGGAAAACGAAACUCUUCGAACUCUCCUCCACAUCCUCCUUCGCGUAUUCGUCCUGUUUCUUUUUAUCGUGCCACCGACAGCCGACCAAGUAUGCCGGCUAAUUUCAGACUUGUCGAAAUUUUGUUCGUACACGGCAACAAACGGUAGGGCAUACAGAGGCGCACCGACCGUCUUCACGUCUUCGAUCUGCUUACGAAAACGAAAGGAAAAAAGAGGAAGCUUCUUGCACGAGCCAAUUUGGAACUGAUGAAAUUUAAAAAGGUUGAGUCAAUCAUGAUUGUCAUUCUGCUGCUAGGAGUGGUAGUGUCAGCUGUACAAGGCGUUGGCUGUCCAACCGGUUGUACAUGCAACGAUGAUACGUACGUUGUCCACUGCGAAAGGAGCAAGUUGGAUGUCAUCCCAAUUACCCUUAAUCCUGCGAUACAACGGUUGAUUCUUCGCAAUAAUAAAAUUAAAACUGUAGACGCCGCUUUCCAAUUCUACCGCGAUCUGCAAUAUGUAGAUCUUUCCAGUAAUCAUCUAGUCAACAUUCCCAUUAAGAGUUUCAUUCAUCAGGAAAAGCUCCAGGAGUUGCACUUGAAUAAAAAUAAACUCUCUUCCAUUAACAAUACCACAUUCCAAGGACUCGAGUCCCUCACUGUAUUGAACCUUCGUGAAAACUUCUUGGAAGACCUACCAAGAGGAAUUUUUAUGGUGCUGUCGAAACUUGAAGAGCUCAAUUUAGGUCAGAAUAGGAUAUCUCAAAUUGACGUCCACGCUUUCGACGGCUUAUCAGCAUUAAGGGUUCUAUAUUUGGAUGACAAUUUAUUGUCUUUCAUUCCGACGUCGUCCUUUUCGUUAUUGUCGAGUUUGGCGGAAUUACAUAUAGGCCUGAACGCAUUUUCCGUACUUCCCGAUAAUGGAUUUGAUGGACUAAAGAAGCUGUCGGUUUUGGAUUUGAACGGAGCCGGCCUUUCUAACAUAACCGACGAUGCUUUCAAAGGACUAGGUAGCUUACGAAGUCUGAACUUAGCAGGUAAUAUGCUAAAGAACAUUCCCACUAAGCAGAUGGAACACUUGUCACGACUAGAAGAGCUGUACAUAGGACAAAACGACUUUACCAUUAUUCCCAGUAAUUCUCUUAAAAAGCUUGUGAAUUUAAGAAAAUUCGACGUUACAGGAGCAACUCAUCUCAAGAAAAUAGAAAAGGGAGUGUUUAAUUUAAACGUUGAAACGAUAAUAUUGACAAAUAAUAGAGAAUUAGAAGUGAUGGAAGACGGUGCUCUUACUGGUCUUCCGAAACUGAGGCAUCUUAUACUGAAGGAGAAUAAUUUUAAGACGUUCUCAGAAACGUGGCUAGCGUGGAAUGAACUGAAAACGUUAGAACUGAGUGAUAACCCGAUCGUUUGCGAUUGCCAACUAUUGUGGCUAGCAAAUCUAGCGCAAGUUAAAAAUCUCACGUCGAUACAGUGCGCGUCGCCCAAGCAACUGAAGGAAAAGCAGCUUAGAACACUUGGCGCAGACGAACUCGGUUGUAGUUUCAGCGAUCCAAGACAACAGGCUAUGCUAGUGACACUCAGUGUAAGUGCGGUAAUAUUUUUGGGUUGUCUGGGACUGUUGCUUUUUCGAUAUCGACAGAGAGUUAGGGAGGCGGUUAAGGACUACAAAUGGAACAAGCGAGCAAUAAGCAGAAAGGAGCACGAAUAUCAGAAAACAUUUUCUGACGACGAUUACAUAAUUCGAUCGGCUGGUAUUCAUCACAACAGCAAACCGAUCCCGGUGACGGAAUUGUAGCUAGAACUUAGCGCGCCCCCUUCAUCAGGAGUAUUUUGUGUCGACGACGAAGGGCGGCGUGCUAGGCCUCCUCCGCAGCUCAGAGGAGUUGUGCCUCAUGCAGGCGGCACUCUACCCGUUACCGGGUUCACUUAUAUCGCGGGUGAAACGUGCAGGGCAGCUCAUUCAUUGAAAGCACUCAACCAUUUGGACGUUAACGGAUUUAUACGCUAAAGUCUGCGCCCUUAUCAACCUCAACCAUUUCCAAUCCCUUUUUAAUAAAAAUCCAAUAAUACAGUCAGUUGGUAGUUUUGCUUGGAAAGUUUUCCGGGAGUUUUAAAAAUUGGUAAUUUUAUAGAUUUUGAUGUGCUCUUUCCUAAUUUCGACUUUGCCA